AAGCCAGGAUGCCAGGAAGUUAGAGGGAGAGGCAGGAGCAGAGUCUGGGUCUGUGGGCUCACAGAACCUGGAACUGCUGCAGGGUGACAUCAUUUUCCCUUGCAGAGAGGCAUCAUGGGGUUCUGGAAGUUCUCCCCCUUGCUGGUCCUCAGCAUCCUGGUCCUGUACCAGGUGGGCAUGUUCCACGCAGCGCCACUCAGGUCGCGCUUUGCUGGUCGCUUUGAUCCUGCUACACUCACUGAAGAGGAAUCGCGCCUCCUACUGGCUGCCAUGGUGAAUGACUAUGAGCAGAUGAAGUCCCGUGAGCUGGAUGGGCAGAUGACUGGGGGCUCCAGCAUCACUGCCCAGAAGAGAUCCUGCAACACUGCCACAUGCAUGACCCAUCGGCUGGCAGGCUUGCUGAGCAGAUCUGGGAGCAUGGUGAAGACCAACUUGUUGCCCACCAAGAUGGGUUUCAAAAUUUACGGUGGGCGCCGCAGGAACUAUUGGAUCUAAGCAGUGAAAUGAU